AUGAAAUAUCACAAAGUUAAAUGGGACUAAGUACCAAUAGUAGAUGAGGCUAGCCAGAAUUAUCUUGAUUAAUUGAAUAAUCGAAAUCAUUUUCAUAACUUUCCUACAAACUAAUGGUUUAAAAGAAGAUCUGAUCAAGUAAAACCUCAGUAUCUGUAUUAUCCGGAAGAGAGAAGAUUAUAGAUGGAACUAAAAUAGAUUUUCAGGGUAUAUCAAUCGAUUAACAUCUAUAGACUUUAGAUUGCAACAAUCAAGGAGUUCUUACUUUGACUCAUCUGUUUAUGCUAUUCAAACACUAUGGAUAUGGAGUGAGUAUUAACGAUUUAUAGACUAUCUACUAAUUUAUAGAUUAUAACAAGGACAAGGCAUUAUCUUUAGAUGAAUUUAAAGGUCUUACAGAAAAUCAAGAAGCCUUAUCAGCAUUUAGAAUUAUGAUGGCUAAGAUUGAAAAAACCUUAGAAAAUACUGAGAAAUAUAUUCCUUUAUCUGUUGGAGCUAUGCUUAGCCAUAUUAGUUAUUUGGUUCAAAGAGAAAAGUAACUCAAAAUGAUCCUCAGUGAAUAAAGUAUUUCAAUCAAAUUCCAAGCUUUUCGCUAACUGAUUUAAGAAACCGAAAAAAAAACGAUUGCUGAUGAAGCUUAUUCACUCUUUCUUAAAGCAUAAGCAGAAUUCUAUAGAAAACUUAAAAGAUAAAAUUCAGUAGAUUUAACAAUCAAAGUCAGAAAAUCUUUCUCAACUAUUAAUGGAUUAUAACCAUUAUUGUUUAGAAAUAUGCUUAUGAAAGAUGCUAGUGAACUAAAAGAUCUUGCUAAAAUGGUUAAAAUUUAAAGCAAAGUCAAUUAAGAAACUUUUGAAACUGUAAAUGAAUCACUGGAAGAAAGUUCUUUAUCUAAUAUUGAAUCUAAUGAUUUAGAUUUAGUAGUCAAAAGUGCUUAAAGAAAAGGAAAGCUCUAAGCACAUCAAGAAAUUAGAGAAUUAUUAACUUAAAGAGAACUUCCUAAAAUUGUUUCUUAACAUAAAAAAUAAUUAAGUGUAGUAACAGAAGACUUACCUCCUGUUCAAUUCAAUUUGAAAAAAUGUAAUUCAACCAAAAAUAAAAGUCUAUUAGAACGUCAAUUAAAGUUGUAAAAAAUAAUUCCUGCUGAAGAAUUGUCUCAAUUUAACUUUCUUUCUUCAACAAGAUCAAAUAAAAAUUAUAGUUCUACUUAAGAAUAAACUUCUUCAGAAAAUUAAGGCGGAUGGUCAAAUAGUAUAUUGUCUCUGAAAUUGCCAACCUUAUAAUGA